ACCUGGCACUUACACACUCACACACACAUUCCUGUGUAGGGAGCUGAAGCUCAGCUCAGUCCCAGUCCUCUCCUACUCGAGCGAGGAGCCUGCCGGUGAUCGGACUGUCGCCUGAAGCGAAGAGGCCGGGCCGGUGUUGAUUCAAUUUUACAGCCCAGUCACUCUCUCUGAAGCUCCGAUUAGUCAGCCGAGGGAGACGAGGGGGAGAGAAGGAGAAGAAGAAGAGGAAUAGUGAUGGCUAUGACCGACAUUGCAGAGGAUGACCUGGAUGAGAUGAUGCGUGAAGAAGCGGAGGAUGUCUUCUAUGAGGACGGAGUGUCGUCCCACAUCCCAGAGAUCAUGGCGGCCGGCACCCACUCCCCCGGAGGGCCCAACGGCAUAAUCCGGAGUCAGUCCUUCGCUGGCUUCAGCACAUUACAGGAGCGACGCUCACGGUGUAACUCUUUCAUGGGGAACUCAGCGGUGCAGAAGAAGCCUCAGUCCAAGCCCAAGAAGCCUCACCUGUCAGGACACAAGGGAGGCAGCAGCUCCAGAGAGCCGCAGCCCAAAAGACUGGAGGAGGUUUACAACGCACUCAAACAAGGCCUGGAUGAGUAUCUGGAAGUUCAUCAAACGGAGCUGGACAAACUCAUGUGUCUGAUGAAGGACAUGAAGAGAAACUCUCGCCUGGGAGUGCUGUAUGAUCUUGACAAGCAAAUCAAAACCAUUGAGAGGUACAUGAGACGUCUGGAGUUUCACAUGAGCAAGGUGGAUGAGCUGUACGAGGCGUUCUGCAUCCAGAGCCGUCUGAGGGAAGGUGCCAGCCGGAUGAAGCAGGCCUUCUCCUCCUCUCCCUCUACCAAAGGCACCAAGGAGAGCAUCGCAGAGGUCAACCGCCGGUACAAGGAAUACACUGAGAACAUGAGCACAUUCGAGAGCGAACUGGAGAACCUGCUUGGGGAGUUUCACAUCAAAAUGAAAGGAUUAGCAGGCUUUGCAAGACUCUGUCCUGGAGACCAGUACGAGAUCUUCAUGCGGUACGGUCGUCAGAGGUGGAAGCUAAAGGGCAGGAUUGAAGUGAACUCCAGACAGAGUUGGGAUGGAGAUGAGAUGGUCUUCAUGCCACUCAUCACUGACCUCAUCAACAUCAAGGUGACAGUGCUGAAGGGCCUGGCCACUCACAUGUUGGUGGGAAGUGUGAUCUGUGAAACCAAGGAGCUGUUUACUGCUAUGCCUCAGGUGGUGGCUGUGGAUGUCAACGACCUGGGGACCAUUAAACUCAACCUGGAGGUCACGUGGUACCCCUUCGACGUCGAGGACCUCACUCUGUCGUCCGGCAAUGUGAGCAAAGCCACAGCUCUCCAGAGACGAGUGUCAGUCUACAGCCAGGGAACGCCAGAGACCCCCACCUUCCAGGACACCUCCUUCUUUUCCACUUUACCGGAUGACGUUUUUGAGAAUGGCGGCUGUGGCGUGGCUGAAUGCAAGCGUCUCUCCUUCACCUUCUCUGACACUUCUGGUUCCACGCCCAGCCCCAGCCCCGCCCCGAGCUCCCACUCCACCGGCCAGUCCAACCCGGAGAUCACCGUCACUCCUCCAGAAAUGGAACCAUCACCUACACAAAUCCUCCCAACAAGAGAGGACUCCAUCGCAGAGGAGCAUUUAGAGGAGGAAGAGGAGGAGGAGUACGAGGAGGAUGGAGAGACGGGUAGUAGAGGGAGUAGGGGCACCAGCGCCAGCCUCGCCAGUGAUGAAGCUGAGGUGGCAGAGGACUCAGAGUGGGAGCGCACAGAGUCCCAGCGAAAUUCUGGCUCCAACUGUGGUUCAGCUGCCCCGUCGUUGUGCUCUGACAGCCACCUGUCUACCGUGGCUCCAGAGGAUGUUUUCCUGGAUCACGCGGACGAACUGAAACCUGUGGAACUUGACACAGAAGAGGCGGGCAGCCUGACCAGGCAGCUUGUGAAGAGGCUGACUUCCUCUGAAAUCGUGCCACCCAGUGGGAGCUCUACUGAGGGUGGAGGAAGCCUGAGCUGGGCAGGCGAGGGGAGCAGGGCUUUCCUGGAGAGCAGCCUGGAGGAGGCCAUCCACAGCCUGCUGAUGAGGCUGGAGUCACUGACUCACCGCUGCCGAGAGCUGCAGGACCUGGAACAGGAAGUGAUGCGCCUGGAAGACCUACUCAAGUGUCGUCUCCCAGGCCACAGAAGCAGAUCAUCCAGCCUCAGUCUGACGGUGGAGAGCGCCCUGGAGAGCUUCGACUUCCUCAACACCUCUGACUUCGAUGAUGAGGACACUGGAGACGAUAACGCCGUCCUCAGCAUUCCCCCACAGAGGUCUCAAUUUUUUGAUGCGGACGGAGAGAGGAUCGGGGGCCAGCAUCCAGAAGCCAGGGGACACCUGAGUGAAGCCCUGACAGAAGACACCGGGGUAGGCAACAGCGUGGCCGGAAGCCCCCUGCCCCUUACAACCGGAAACGAGAACCUGGACGUGGCCAUCGUCAUCCACCUGCAGUACUGUAAUCACCUCAUACAGUUGUUGACGAGUGGGGUGGGUGUGUGGCAGCGUCGCAGUCUGCUCCUCAAACUGUCCGGACAGACUCAGCUGUUAGAAGAACUAGCAGAGAUCAGUGUGGACCGACUGGGAGCUAUUACAUCUGCUGCUGAUGUUCUCCCGGGCCUUGCAGAGCGCCCAGAACUGAUGACACUGUGGUCAGAGUGCAGCGGGUCUGCAGGACUUUUCCACACCACACUGGACAGAGUGUUCAAACACAUGAACCAGCGCUACACGGCAGUGCUGCAGGAGAGACACCCACACAGCGCUGACACAGUGGUUGGUGUUGUAGUGGGCGAGAUGGUUGACAGGAGCGACCUGGUGACGUCGCACGAUCCUCCUGCCUCUGCUCUGUCCCAGGACGUCCUGACCGUGUUUCAGUUCCACAGCUACAUCCUACAACAUGAGGUUCAGGACAUGGAGACACACCUGCUGCACCUGGCAAGAGAGGAGGUGUUGGCAGAGGCUCUGUGCAGUGGGGAUUAUUCUCAGUGUCUAGCAGAGAUGGAUGCGGUGCCUGUGUCAUCCCUGUGGCCUAAAAACAGCACCCUGAGGGCCCUGGCCUCCCUGCUCACUGCAGACAACCCUCAGGUCAACAAGGCAGCAGCCGACUACCUCUCUUCUGGAGCGUUACGCAGCCACUUCAGGACCAGGGCUGUGGAGUGCUACACCCAGGCUCUGUCAGAGGCUGGAGUUCAGAGCCAGAGGGCGGCAUGUUCGGCUCUCAGCUGUCUCCAGGCUGUAGAGAGCAUCAGGGCGGUGGUAGCGCUGUGUGAUUCAGCCGAUGAGGAGCUUCGCCAUGUCGCCAUAGAAACCCUGCUGACAUUUGGUGAGGAGGGGCGGCUGGCGUACGAGCAGCUGGACACAGUGCCGGGGGAAAUGAUCCGUCUGGGCACACGGCGAGGAAACGCCGUCACCACGGCCUUCUGAGCCAUCGUGCCACUGAGAAGAUCACAGAUUACUCCCCAGCUGAGGAAAACACUGCCCCCUCAGCUUGACAUCACACUGCACUGUUAAAGACUGAUCAGUUUAUUGAUCUGCCCUCUGGAACAGACUUAAAGAUCUCCACACCGCCACAUUAGAUCACUGUUCUUACUGAUACUGCCUCCUAAAAGGAACUAACACCAAACAAACUGUCUUAACCACAAAGACACACAACCUAUACCCCUCCUGCACACACACACACACACACAAACACACACACACCAUCACCUCCAAUUUCGCACAACCCCACACUCCUACCCACCCCCCUCCCCCUGCUUCCUGAGCCAGGCAGUCUGAUCAUGUUGAGUUUUAACUUGAGAGCACGAAUUUGACUGGACACUGAAGCCGCUGAAAGCUGCUCCAAAGACUGUGGAAACUGGAAAUUGAGCAAUGCAUCUUCACCCCUCACACAACCUCUGUCAACAAGCUAUCCACCACUGCACACAAAACUUGUAUCACUUAUUCACUGAUUAACCAUCAUCUUGGCUGUUACAGAGUCAGUUGUGUCACGCAAUAUACUAACUAUGAUCUUUGUAUAAUCACUGUUUAUCACAUGUUUAAGUUGGUGGUUUUGCAUUAGAGAUGUUUUUUGGUGCUUUCAGAAGAUUUGCACUGUUGUAAGGCAUGUAAAUAUGGCAUAUUUUACACAGCUCGUGUAAUAUAUGGUUGUAUUCAAAAUGUAUUUUUAAGUUGUGUUUUCUAGUACGUUCCAUUUUGAGUUUCAGGGAUUCUUGUAUGGUCGAAAGUGUGUGGCAGGGAGGACCAUUAAUAAGUUGAGAAUGGCUUCUUGGAGCGAGUGAGGUAAAGUGGUUAAAGAGCAGUUUACAGUCUUGAACAGAUUAAGACCUCAGUUCAGACCUCAGUGGAGUAAAAGGAGAGGAACAACUGAGUGCCCAAGGUUCACUCUCUCAGCAGUUUAUGGCUGAGUUUAUUCAUAUUUGCAGUUGAACAAGUGCAAUUUUUCUGUAUAUAGCUGACAUGAAAAGACAUUUGAUAAAGUCAGCCUUGACCAUUUGAGCCUUGAUGUGGUCGAGCAGGCAGGUUCCACAAAUACUUUCUUUUGUAAAUGUAUUUUUCCUACCAGGUGUGGAGCCGGCCGAGGGCAAUAAAUACAGUUUAGGAGCGUGAGAAUGCACUUUCUCAAUAACUGUACAGAGAGGAGGAGGAUCCCUUGGGCAGAGUAUAGGUGUAGCCUCAGUUUUGGCUAACUGCACAUUCAUACAGUAUGUGAGCUAAUAGCACGAUUAGAAAUUAAGCUUUUAUUAUGAGAAACUGCAGAAUGAAGUGUUCUGUUUGGUACGUCUUGGGUCUGUAAUGUGGGAACACUGACCCGAGGAACGCAGAUAAUUCCAACUCUUCACAUUGUAACUGUACUACUGAGUCUAGUGAGACGAUAAAACUCACAUUUGUUCUCACAUCUUAUUUAUUAUUUACUCCUUGUAAUUCUAAUAUUCUUUGGAGUUAUACUGUAAUAGUGCAGAUGACAUUGUUAUGUAAAUGAAUUGUAUAUUUAUGUUAUAUAUUUUGGAUCAGGUCCAGGAUUUGAAAUAUAGUUUAUUGUUUAAAAAGGCCUCCAUGUUAUUACCAUGAUCUCAUGCUUAACUUUAAUUGGAGUUUAUUUUGAAAGAAUUAUAUUAGAUGAAUUAUUAUUUUGGAGAAGAUAAAGAUUUGCUCAUAGUCUAAUAGUGUUAUAGAUUUCUUUUCCCUAAAAGGUCCCAAACAGAAAGGGACGUCGUAUAUUAGAAAUGUUACUUUAUUACUUAGAUUUACUGUAACCAAAGGAAGAAUUAAUUUUAAAAUUGUCUUUUAAUAAAAGCUCAUAAUUCAUCGGAGAAUGUAUUUUCAAUACAACAUUUGCAUUUUGGCCAGAAUACUCAGACUUAUAUUUAGAAGCACAACUUAAAAAGAAAAGACAAACCCAUAAUAUAUGAAUCUAGCUACAUUUGGUUCUAACUGCACAGUCCAAAAGCCAUAAUGAUUAAAAACAAGUGGUAAUAUUUUUAUGAAAUGUAUUUUUUCUUUUGUAAUAUAAUAUGUAAAUGUGUGAAGUUGUUACUAAAAGCUGAAGAUGGUUUAAAGUUUUUUUUUCCUAUACCUUUUGCAAAACAUGGUCCACAUUUUAAGUACAGUUGCAGUAUUUUGGUCUAGUAUCUGAUUCACCCACUCUGUCUUUUUUUUCCCUUUCUACAAACUUGCAUUUGACCAGUGUUUAUUGACUGUUCAAUUCCUUAUCACCACAAAGUACAAGUUGGCAAAAUGUGCACAUGUUUAAUGAUAUAGUCUGAUUUUAAGAAUAACUCAGUACACUUUUGCUAAAAUUGAACUUCAUCCAUCUCUGUGGUCAAUAGCUUCAGUGCUCAUCCAUUUAGUUGCAUACUACUCUUCUCCAUUGUGGUUAGCAGUGUUUCUUCUGCUCAUCAAAAGUUGCAAUAAAUUUUAUUUUUGCAUAAUUAAAAUAAAAUUGUGAAUUUCUUAAGUCUCAAAUGUCUGUCAAGAACCAAUGUUUUAAUUUCUGUUAGCACUGUCUUUGUUGACAAAAACAUUUGUGGGAUACAUGAACAGUAAAAGCCAUGCUGUUUUGCAGUAAUCUGUCCACUGGACUGUGGACCAGUUUUGAUCUGAUCCUCUGAAGUUAACCUGCUCCAGAGCAGGAGUUCAGCAGAAGCUACCAAGGUGAUUUACCCAGGUAAGACGUGAACCACUGUCAUAACCCUAAAAACAGAAUUAAACCUGAAGUUACCUCCCUAGCCCCAAAUCCUGCUUCCUAGUACAGGCCUCAGCUGAUUGCUUCCUUAGAGGCAACCCAAAAAAAAAAAAAAAAAAAA